AUGACUAUCGAAGACACCUUUACCAUUGACUUUGACAUCCUCUGGCCUCGUUGUGAGUUCAGCUUCGAUCACAAAUACCCUGGCUCCCUUCAGCAUUACAACCUCAUCUUGGACGCCUACUUUGAUGCCCCCGUUCAACAGUACCCGCGCCUGCCCUCGAGUACCUGGUGGCCGAGCGGCAACUUCUCGCACGGCAGUGCGAUCGAGAGCGGCGAGUACAAGAUCCUGUCGAGGGCGCUCCGGACGUAA